CGAAUAUGAUUGGUUGGAUCUAUAAGUAAUAACCAAUUAUGUGUUAUACUGUGAAUUCCAUUUCUUGCAUGAUGCGCGUCCUUGUUGCUAACCCAAAUGUUAAAUAAAGAUGCACAAUUGAUGCAUCAUGCGUGAAAUAGAACGUACCUUCCUUGUGACAGUUGUGACACAAGGCUUGUGUAGCUUGUUGGAAAGCACCCAAUAGUACUUGAUCAGUACAAUUUUAACGAGUGAUAGAUUGGAGGUUAGAAACGUUUCUGUCAAAAUUGAAGGGGCCUUUUGUUUGCAUAUAAACAUUUAACGAUCUGAACAUCGUGGAGUAAUUAAUGGACAAUCGACAAUGGGUCUUUUAACGGUGCUGAAAAAAUUGAAACAGAAAGAAAAGGAGAUGCGGAUUUUAAUGUUGGGCUUGGAUAAUGCAGGCAAGACGACAGUGUUGAAGAGACUCAAUGGUGAACCAAUAGACACUAUAUCGCCUACGCUUGGCUUUAAUAUCAAGACAUUAGAACAUCGCGGAUACAAGCUCAAUAUAUGGGAUGUGGGUGGACAAAAAUCACUACGUUCUUAUUGGAGAAAUUACUUUGAGUCAACUGACGGACUUGUUUGGGUGAUAGAUAGUGCAGACAAAAGGAGAUUGGACGAUUGCAAAACAGAAUUGUACAAACUUUUGCAAGAGGAAAGAUUAGAAGGGGCAAGUCUUCUUGUAUUUGCCAAUAAGCAGGAUAUGCCUGGUGCAUUAUCUGCAACUGACAUAGCCGAUAUUCUGGAGUUACCCAAUAUAAAAACUCAUCAUUGGCAAAUUUAUAAGUGUUCCGCUGUGACGGGUGAAAAUCUAGUCGAUGGUAUUAAUUGGAUUGUUGAUGAUAUUGCAGCAAGAAUAUUUUAUAUAGAUUAAAUUUUAUAUGUAUAUACACACACACACAUAAUUCAGAUAACUAUUCAGUACCUCAUU